AUGGACACGCAACUCAAGGCCGCCUUCGACGAAUACGGCAAGAAAGGUUGGGAUUUCUCGCUCGUCUCCCAGCCGUCAAACUCCCCGGACACCAAUACCUUGGACCUGGGCUACUUUGCUGCGAUCCUGUACCUACAACAAAAGACCAUCGCACAUAGCAAUGGCUUCCAGUGCCUGGGACAGCUCUUCGACGCAGCGGGCCUCCUUAAGCUCGGCUGCGACACACGAUCCAACUCAGCGGAUGACAUUCCGGUCAACCUUGCCUUUGCGGCAUUGUCCCCGAAAACCCCGAUCGUCUCAACCAAGCACGCUUGCAACGAUAUGAACGUGUGGUUCAGUCUCUCGUACAGGGACUGGAUGGCUGCGAAGAAACCCAAGUCCAAAACGUUGGUGUCGGGGGAAUUCGAUGGUUGUGGUGCAAGCGAUAUCGACCGUCUAAGAGACUUGUACUUGGCCAUGGCUUCGUUCAGCAGCGAGUCUUACGGGGGUACAUAG